AUGUCAAACGAGUGGAUCGCACGUGAGGUGAUCCAGAGCCAACAGGGCCCUGAGGACCGAGCUGCCCCAGGCCAGGAGCGCACUGCUGGGGAGCCUGCCUGGACAGUGGGAGCUCCUUUCAUCCCUGAGCUUAUCUCGACACCCUGGACCCAGGAGUAUCCAACCCUUACAACCUUCUUCGAAGGAGAAAUAAUCAGCAAAAAACACCCUUUCUUAACUCGCAAGUGGGAUGCAGAUGAAGAUGUUGAUCGGAAACACUGGAACAUUGGAAGAUAUCUGGAUCUGCAGACUCUGCUAGACUGGACUGAAACAUUUUGGGGCAAGUUUCUGGCUUUUUAUCAGUAUGCAAAAUCAUUUAACUCAGAUGACUUUGAUUAUGAAGAGCUGAAGAAUGGAGACUACGUCUUCAUGAGGUGGAAGGAACAGUUUCUGGUCCCAGAUCACACGAUCAAAGACAUCAGUGGUGCUUCUUUUGCCGGGUUCUACUACAUCUGCUUUCAGAAGUCAGCAGCCUCCAUAGAGGGCUACUACUACCAUAGGAGUUCAGAAUGGUAUCAGUCCCUCAAUCUAACCCAUGUUCCUGAACACAGUGCACCCAUCUAUGAAUUCCGGUGACAACGGUUCAGAACAGCAACCAAAUAAAACUGAACUUGGCAAAAAAGAACUUUGCCGAGAAAAUUGUGUACCUGCCAGAA